AUGUUGGCCAGACGAGUCGCCACACUUCUGGCGUCCACAGAACAACGACUCGUGCUGCAGCGCUAUAGCGUCAGACUAGCGAGCACUAAAGCCACCACAACAACGGCCGCGCCAACUGAGAACAAGGACGCAGCCAACGAAAAGCCAAAACCUCCACACAUUCCACACGCCACCAAAGAGAGUUUCAUUCGUGAUAUGGAUGCGAGCCGUGCGAAAAUGGAGCACAAUGCUGAAAAUGGUCUGAAGCCAACGCCGAUGCAACGGCACUUCCUGGUACUGACUCGACUCUAUCAUCGACGUGACGAAAUACCUGAAUAUGUCGCGUUUGGUACCAUGAUGCGUAUGCACAAUCGUAUGCGAGUCGUGUUCAUAUUUGUGGGUGUGCUCAUCUUCUACACUUUCUUUUUGUGCUUUGAAAAAGCGAUGGCCUUUAAAGUCGGCAAAGAUAAAGCCGAAGGACGCAAUGUGAAUCUGACGGAACGGAUUAGAUCCGGUACCCCAGCAGCCUGA